AGGGGGCUUCUUCCUCUGUGUUGCACGGCGAAGAAAAGGAGGUGGAAAGAAAAAAAAAAUGUCAUUAGAAGAGGCGUAACACGUCAGUCCCUACCCAGGUUUGUUUCCUGGAGUGGGUGUAAGACAUCAGUUGUAAACCUGCCCUAGCAGGAAUAGCGGUCCCUCCCUCCCUCCCAAACUAUUUCUAAGGCUUUAUUUCUAAGGCUUUAUUAUCACCGGUGGAAAAGGAUCCGCUCACCGACAACGCGCUGCAGUAUCAUCCCUCCUCGCGACUCCUAUAUCCAAGCAAGACACCUUCUUUAAAAACCAAAAAACGCAAGAUAUCAAGCUGAAAUCAAGGAAUCGAGUCCAUGCGAGCUGCCAUCUGAUCCCCCCCACACACACAUAGACUUAUCAAUGAAGCAAGAGAUCAUGGCGGAUGGCCCCAGGUGUAAGAGGCGAAAACAAGCCAACCCGAGACGGAAAAACGCAGCUCUGAACUACGAGAAUGUGGUUGAGACGGGCUCGGAGACGGAGGAGGAGGACAAGCUGCCGGUGUCCGAGGAAGACCCCCUGCUCAACGGCACUGGCAGCCCGGCCAGCCUCACCAACCCGGAGGCCUCGCCGCGGGCCGAGAGCCACGGCCUGCUGACCAAGGAGGAGGAGGACGAUGAGAUGCGGGACAGCGGCGUGGAGCACAUCUGGCCCGACAACGACAUGCUGAGCGCCUCGGUCGACGGUACUGAUGAAAUAAAAGAUGACUUUGACACCCUGGGCCCUGACACCACUUUGCAGGCAGUAGGAAACGGUACAGUCAAGAGCGUCGAUUGCACUUCAGAGUUCGAGGACUUCUUCGCCAAGCGGAAGCUGGACGACGGCGACAGUCACGUGGUGAGCAUCGCCGAGUACCUGCAGCGGGGUGACACCGCCAUCAUCUACCCAGAAGCCCCGGAGGAGCUGUCCCGCCUGGGCACGCCGGAGGCCACCGGUCCAGAGGAGAACGACCUGCCACCUGGAACGCCAGAUGCCUUCGCCCAACUGUUGACCUGCCCCUACUGCGACCGGGGCUACAAGCGUUUGACAUCGCUGAAGGAGCACAUCAAGUACCGCCAUGAGAAGAACGAGGAGAACUUCGCCUGCCCCCUGUGCAACUACACGUUUGCUUACCGCACUCAGCUUGAGCGGCAUAUGGCCACGCACAAGCCUGCAAGGGAUCAGCACCAACUGCUCAACCAAGCGGCCGGCAACCGCAAGUUCAAAUGCACCGAGUGUGGCAAGGCCUUCAAAUACAAGCACCAUCUGAAGGAACACCUCCGGAUUCAUAGCGGAGAAAAACCGUAUGAGUGCCCCAACUGCAAGAAGCGUUUCUCCCACUCUGGCUCCUACAGUUCCCACAUAAGCAGCAAAAAGUGCAUCGGCCUGAUCGCUGUCAACGGUAGGAUGCGCGGCAACAUGAAGACGGGCUCCUCCCCCACCUCCUCCUCCUCCUCGCCCACCAACACCGCCAUCACCCAGCUGCGGCAGAAGCUGGAGAACGGCAAGCCACUCGGCCUCGCCGAACACAACAGCCACCUGAGCAUCAAGACGGAGCCGCUCGACUUCAACGACUACAAGCUGAUGAUGGCGUCGCACGGCUUCGGCGCCCCCGGGCCGUUCAUGAACGGAGGCAUGGGAGGGAACAGCCCGCUGGGGGUCCACCACAACUCGACGGCCCAGAGCCCCUUGCAGCACCUGGGGAUGGGCGGGCUGGAGUCGCAGCUUCUGUGCUACCCGGGGCCACUGGGGAACAACCUGAGCGAGGUCCAGAAGGUUCUCCAGAUCGUGGACAACACCGUGUGCAGGCAGAAGAUGGACUGCAAGCCCGAGGAGCUCUCCCGGCUCAAGGCUUACAUGAAGGAGCUGGGCUCCCAGGUGGAGGAGCACAAACAGGCGCUGACAUCCGCCGGCGCUCAGGUCGGUCUUCCGCUCGUCGAUCACAACGGCGCCACCAAAAGCAUCAUCGACUACACGCUGGAGAAAGUGAACGAAGCCAAAGCCUGCCUCCAGAGCCUGACGACGGACUCAAAGAGGCAGAUCAGCAAUAUCAAACGAGAGAAAGCCAACCACAUGCUCGAGGGAAGCGUGGACGAGAAGGUGCAGGAAAAUACCAUGUUUACACCUUAUGCUUGCCAAUAUUGCAAAGAAAGCUUCAACGGGCCAAUACCUUUGCAUCAGCACGAGCGCUACCUGUGUAAAAUGAACGAGGAGAUAAAAGCCGUGCUGCAGCCCAGCGAGAACUUGAUGCCCAACAAACCAGGGAUAUUCAUGGAGAAGAACACCCACUUGUCCUCCUCCAUGUUGUGCGAGAAGGGACUCGCUGGGCCCCUUCACCCUUACAGGGACCACAUGUCCGUGCUGAAGGCGUAUUUUGCCAUGAACAUGGAGCCCAACUCGGAGGAGCUGCUGAAGAUUUCCAUAGCGGUCGGCCUUCCUCAGGAAUUCGUCAAGGAGUGGUUCGAACAGCGAAAGAUGUACCAGUAUGGCACUACCAGAACCCCACCACUGGAGCACAGGCACAACAUGGAUAUGGUUGCCGGAACAAACAACCACCACACUCCGCAGAAAGACUCUAUGGCAGCUAGGUCACCUGUGUCUCUCAUGAAAACUACGGACCGCAUCACAUCGCCCUCCAUAGCGGAGCUCCACAACAACGUCAACAACUGUGACAACGCGCUCAGACAUUUGAAAAACCACCAGUACGGCGCUGGCAAACCCGCAGGUGAAAAGUUGGACCACUCCCGCAGCAACACCCCCUCGCCGCUAAAUCUGUCCUCCACAUCUUCCAAAAACUCUCACAGCAGCUCCUACACUCCGAACAGCUUGACUUCCGAAGACCUGCAGGCCGAGCCGCUGGACCUCUCUCUGCCGAGACUAAUGAAGGAACCCAAGCAUGCACUGACUGUCAAAAGCAGACCUAAAGUCAACAGCAUCGCCAUCGACCAUAGCAGCAUCCCCUCUCCUCGCGAGCACUUCGAAGAGCCUUUGAACUUGGCCUAUCUGAAGAAGGAAUUCUCAGGCUCUACCAACAACGGAAACCUUGAAAAAAGCACUAGCCCCCUCUUCGGCAUGAACCCGUUUGCUGCCAAACCCCUGUACUCACUUCCACCUCAGAGCGCUUUCCCACCUGCCACAUUCAUGCCCCCGAUGCAGGCCAGCAUACCGGGUCUCAGGCCCUAUCCGGGCAUGGAUCAAAUGGGCUUCCUACCACACAUGGCCUACACUUACGCAGCAGGGGCAGCUACCUUUGCCGAGAUGCAGCAGAGGAGAAAGUACCAGCGGAAACCAGGUUUCCAGGGGGACCUGCUCGACGGUACACCAGAUUACAUGUCAGGGCUGGACGACAUGACAGACCCCGACUCCUGUCUGUCGCGGAAGAAGAUUAAAAAGACCGAAAGUGGUAUGUACGCGUGUGACUUGUGCGACAAAACAUUCCAGAAGAGCAGUUCCCUUCUAAGACACAAAUAUGAACACACAGGCAAGCGGCCGCACCAGUGCCAGAUCUGCAAGAAAGCCUUCAAACACAAACACCAUCUCAUCGAGCACUCGCGGCUGCACUCGGGGGAGAAGCCCUACCAGUGCGACAAGUGCGGGAAGCGCUUCUCGCACUCGGGCUCCUACUCGCAGCACAUGAACCACCGCUACUCCUACUGCAAGCGGGAGGCAGAGGAGCGGGAGGCGGCGGAGCGGGAGGCCCGCGAGAAGGGCCACCUGGAGCCCACGGAGCUGCUGAUGAGCCGGGCGUACUUGCAGGGCAUGACGCCUCAGAGCUACCCGGAGAUGGCGGAGCGCGAGGCCAUCCUGAGGCACGACGGCGUGAACGGAGGGAUGCGAGAGGGACGGAAGGAAGUGGACGGAGCGUACGCGAAGAUGGGACGGAGGGACGAGGAGUUCGAGGAGGAGUUUGAGGAGGAGAGCAAGAGCAUGGACACGGACGCGGACACGUUGCGGGACGAGGAGGAGAACGGAGAGCACUCGAUGGACGAUAGCUCGCUGGACGGCAAAACGGAAACCAAAUCGGAUCACGAGGACGGGAUGGAGGACGGCAUGUGAAGUGGCGAAGGGCGUUUUUUUUUUUUUUUUUAGAAAAAGCUUCCCAUCUUAAGAGUUUUUAAGUUUCUCUCUUUGGGUUUCAGUAUUCUUACCUGCUCGGCUUUAAAACCAAACGCCGUGUUUUAAGCCGUAGACGUGCACGUGCCUGAAGCUUCAGGGAAGCUUUCUUUGACAGACUCCUUUGACAGGGAGG